GAUAUUAAUAGAACAAUAGUGAUUUUUAAAGCCUAAUAUAAAUACACUGAGUGCAACAAUACAUAACCUAACCUGUGAUACAUUUAUGUAAUUCCAAGUAUGAAUCAGGAUAACACGAAAGAUACAAUUAAUUGAAAAACUACUCACUUGUUAAAAACUCUGAAACUCUGAUUAGGUACAACACGUAUAUGUAAAUGGAUAUAAAUGCUCCUGGUGGACUCAUUAUACAAACGUCUAAAAAGUUGAAUAACAAUAAGUAAUAAAGGAUGUAUUUGUUACAAUAGAUUUCAAUAUCUUUAGUUCUCUCCUAAAUUCUUUCCUUCACCACCUAUUUGACCAAUCUCUUCAACUAUUCAUUAGUUCAGUAGCUAGUAAAUUGAAACUGGAAAGCAACCAAAACGCCACCGAUAACUCCGGAUAAAUGACUCUGGGACAUGAAGACUAUCAGAUAUUAUGAAAAUGUGAGCGGUUAUAUGAAAGAGUACUUCGUACUUCACUGCAUCAUACACUUUUCUAUAACAUUGUCAUGCGUAUUUGGAAGAAUCUCAAGACUUCAAGAAUAUUCAAAUGAGUUCAGUAUAGAUGAAAACUGUCCUAUUGGCACAGAAGUUGGUACUAUAAGUGCAAUUGUAAUCUCGAAUCCUAAGUCUUCACCGAGUCUACUUUCAUCACAGUCACAGAUGAAACAUUCAAAUGAAAAUGAAAUUGGACAACUUGUAGGACUCACCUACAAACUUGGUUCACCAUCUGCUUUGUUCAACAUACAUGAAAGAAAAGGUUUAUUAACUACGAAAGCUGAAAUUGAUGCAGAAGCUUUAUGUUAUCAAGUAGUAACAUUAAAUACAGAUCAAAUGGAAGACAGUGACGCUUCAGUAAUUGAUUUAGAAUCUGGUGGACUGAAAAAUAAUCGUAGCAAGAUAGCAACAGUUGUCGAUCAAAUCAAGUGUAACAGCUCCGGUGAUCUAACAGUUCAACUCGAUGUUAAUGCUAUACAAGCAGAUGGCAGUCUUCGAUCAGUUCAUCAUAUUACAAUUCGUAUCCACGAUCUUAAUGAUAAUGGACCGAAAUUUGAGCAAAUCAGAUGGCAUAAAAGAUUAAAAGAAGCUCUUUAUCGAGUUGGUAGAAAAAUUGAUCUACCCAGAGCUAGAGAUAUUGACUUACUCGCUGAACAUAGACGAAUGAAUUAUCGACUUGAUCCAUUCCAUGAAGACGGACAUAAUUCAACUGAUCCAGCUAAAAGUCCAUUUAAACUAGAAAUAAGCAAUUUGGGUCAACCUCGUUUAGUAUUAACUGAAGACCUGGACGCUGAAGUGGAAACUAGACACAGAUUUGUUCUGGUAGCUUAUAGUCCAAAUGCUGUCAUGCCUAGAAACACGUUAAACAACCUAAUUAUACCAAAAGAAUCUUAUUUAGAAAUUGAUAUUGAAGUCACAGAUAUGAAUGAUAAUGAACCCAGAUUCUCAUCCCCUGUAUACAACGUCAGUGUAGCAGAAAACGCAUCAGUUGGAUCUGUAAUAUUUGAACUUGUUGCUUAUGAUCCAGACAGUACAUCACAAUUAACCUACACCAUGGCUUCUUCAUUAGAAUAUCAUGUAAUGUCCACUACAUUUCAUAUUGAAUCUGAUGGACAUGUUCGACUACGUAGUAGUUUGGACUAUGAAUUACGACAGAUCUAUUCUAUUCCAAUUGAAGUUACUGAUGGUGAAUUUUCUUCACGUACUACACUAAAUGUUCAAGUAGUUGAUGUAAACGAUGAACCUCCAGCAUUUGAACUAAAUCCAAAACAAUUAGUUGCAGAUGAAAAUUCUUUACCAGGCAAAUUAAUUGGACAGGUACGGAUUCGUGAUCCAGACAGUCCUAGUGUAAAUGGCCUAGUAGAGUGUUCAGAACCACCGGGAUUGGUUCGUCGUCAAGCACUGCAAUUCUCACCUGAUCCAACUGUAAAUCCUACAGCACAAGCUUACGAUUUAUCUACUCGAAUAAUGCUUGACAGAGAAGAUCCUGAAAAUCCUAUUCCAGGUCAUUUAAUUAUUCAUCUGAUCUGUUCAGAUGGUGGUUCAAAUACUGGUCGGAUAGGUUCACAUAAUUCUGUUAGUGGUGUUCGUUUGACUUCAACUAUGACAGUGACCUUAACCAUUCGGGAUAUAAAUGAUCAUGGACCAGUUUUCGAAAAUUCUGUUUAUCAUGUAUCGAUUCAAGAGAAUAAUCAAAUUGGAGAAAAAGUUGUUCAAAUAAGUGCUCAUGAUGAUGAUGAAGGUGAGAAUGCAAGAAUUACCUACUCUUUGUUGGACAGGGCUAAUUUCAAAAUAGAUGCUUUAACAGGUUGGAUUACUCCAAAUCUGAUGUUUGACCGGGAGACACGUGAUUCAUACCAGGUAACGGCUAUAGCAACAGACCAUGGGAAGCCUCGUUUAUCCUCUUCUGUUUUAAUCAAUAUAACUGUAUUGGAUGUAAAUGAUCACAGUCCACUACUAGCUUCAUAUGAAACUGAUGAAUCUCUUUUACAAACAAAUGAUUUACCUAUUGGACGUUUUGGAAUGAAAAAUAUAUUUAUUGUUCAAGAGAACAUGCCAACAAACACAUAUGUAGGUGAUAUCCUGGCAUUCGACAAAGAUGAAGGAUUAAAUGCCGAGUUGAAAUUCGAUCUACUUCCAGAUCCAGUGUUUCAUCUUCAUGAAAGGUUCAAACUCCUGACAAAUGGUUCACUUUACACAAAUGCUGAGUUGGAUAGGGAAGAAAAGGAUCAUUAUCGCCUUACCGUAGUUGUAAGUGACAAGUCACCUGAUGAACCACUGUCGACGACAGGAAAUAUUGGUAUUAUUGUUCUGGAUGUUAAUGACAAUCGACCACAGCUUUUAAAGCCUCAAGGAUUAUUAUCGCCUAAUAACUCACAGCUUCGAGAAUACAGACGACACAUGAAUCCUGGUGUCCUGCUUUAUGAUCAACCUUCAGAAGAAGUAAAUCACAACAUAAUAAAAGGUAAUCAAAAACGCAGUGAUCCAGAGUACCAUACUCCUAUCCCAAGUCCAGGAAUAAUUCCCGAGGCUGAAAAUGCACAGUUCACACUUCCAGAACCCAUAAUUCGUUUAUCUGUGCACGAAAAACCUGGACAAGUUAUCUGUGCACUAUAUGCAGAAGAUCCUGAUGCUGGAGAAAACGGUUCUGUGUUUUAUUUGCUUGAAGAAUUCUACGAUCUGUUAAUAAAUGAAAUUAAACCGAAUCCUUUAAUAAGAGUUAAUCCAGAGAACGGAGAUUUAGUAGUAUUACGCCAAAUGCUACCGACAGAUUUAGGAUAUCACUUUUUUAAAGUUACUGCAUCUGACCGUGGGCACCCAAAAAUGAAAAUGGAUCAAAAGGUUUUGUCAAUACUUGUGGAAGAUAUUCCAGCGUCUGGAGCCAUGGGACAUAAUUUAUUAUCUUCCAGUUACUAUAUGAGCAAUAUAACAGGAUUGGACCUGACAGGUUGGACAGUGGGUGGGACUAAAAACAUCCUGGUCAUUUCGGUUUUAUCAGUCGUAUCAGCGAUCUUGGCAACUAUACUAAUUACAGCUAUCAUUUGUUUUAUAAAACCAUGCUCAAAGAAUAGACGUAGACAUAGAAAUGUUAACGGAAGAAAUGACGCACUGAGAGACCGACCACCUACAUAUCCUGGAAGUUCAGAAACAAAUGGAAUACUGAUGAAUGAAAGUGAAACUUUCAUGAAUGGAAGGAUGGAGCAACGUGGUUAUACAACAUCUACUGAUAUUUAUCAUCCCUUGUUUCAUAGACCUCUUGAUCCAUUAAAUGGACAUUUUGACAGCUGGAGGCAUCAGUAUGGAAAUAAUGAGAUCACUUGCGGGAAUAUAUCUUGUUCUCACGGUACCUCAUCAUCAGUUGACUUAGAACAUAGUAAUUCAAACGACCAUGACGUUCUAAUAAAUCCAAGACACAUGAUUAACACCGAUAAUAAUAAAAUGACGAAUAAUGGAAUAUUACAAACUAACUAUGAAAACCUGAUUCAUCACAAUCUUCAUGAUAUACAUACCUCAAUGGAGUCAACCUCUAUCAGCAUAUCUCCUUCGUCUAGAAUGAAUGAUCAGUCUGUCUCCGUACGAGUCUUCAAUUCACAAAUAGGUUCUGAUGGAAUGAGUGAAAUGAAUGAUAAAAUUUCCUUACCACGAGCUAAUAAAUUAUCUGGUAUUGUUUACUCUAGUAAUUCAGUUACACCAAAACUUGACACAACUAAUGAAUUUUAUAUUGCUAAACCAAUACCACUUGUAUCCAGAGUUAUAUGUAACUUUAAUGCAGAUCAAAUGGGUUCAGAAGAAACGACGAAGACUGAUGACGCACACACAAACAACUCCAUGAAUUCGACGCUAUCCCCAGUAAAUCUACUGGAUCCUGUUGCAGAUGAAGGCUUGACAAGAUAUCAGGGCAGUCGACUGGAUACAGCAGUGCCUAAAUUUGGCACAUUUAAAAGUUGUAUGACGACAGGCGAACAGGGAAACUUAGGUGUUGAAGAUAUUGUGACAGGUGAGGAGCAGACAUGCGAUUCUGGUCGUGGUGGAAGUGAGGAGGAGUUGAUUUUACGUAAAUUAGAUGAACAGCAAACUCACUCAAGCAUUCCAGAGAUAAGUUAUGAAACAGGGCCUAAUGCAUGGAAUAAAUCUUCAUUUCAUUUAGAUUCAUCACUUGUUAAUUCCGAUGGCAUGAAUUUAGCUAAUCCAUGGUCUAUGAAAACGCAUUCAAUGCAAUCAGAAUAUCAAAACAACACUUAUCACCGUUUGUACCUUUCCACUUCAUGAUUGAUGUAGAAACAAGGGAACAGAGGCAGUGAAAUUAAAACAUCAUGUAUGCAACAGCUUAUAGCAUGCAUAAAACAUUUAUAUUGUACGCCUUAGAAUACAAAACUCUAUGAAUAAAGCUAUACUACGGAGCUAUUCAUAGAGAUGGAUGGAUUAAGUCAUUAAUUAUAGACAGUCGAAGCAUUACAACAACUAAUUAUCAUUACUAUUACAAAUGUUAUUGUUAAACUAUUUCUCAACUUCCAAUCUUUUCUUUCCUACAUGUAUCCAUUUGUUUUGCCUAUGCUGCUAAUAUAUAAAUAAACAAAAUGUAUAUGUUUGUCUGCUUUGUAACCAACACAAGAAUGUGUUCACAUUUUCAUAUAAUAAUAAAACUUCUUUGACCAACAAACACUAUUUAGAUGCAUUUCCCACAUGGUCAAUUUCAAUUGUUGUAAACAUCUCAACGACCAACUUGUACUGUGUACCCCAAUAAAAUUUUAGUCACAUUCAACUACCUUUUUGUAUACACAAACACAGUUUACCUGUCUACAAUUAGUUACACAUGCACACACACAAAGAAAAUCACAUUCCAUAGGGAAAUAAUCUCCAGCAUAACAAUAUCGAAUUGCCUUUGCUUUCUUUGUUUAAAAAUAUUCAUGUUUAUAUAUCUAUCUUAGAUAGAUAGAUAGAUAGAUAGAGACUAGACAAUUUUAUGUAUGUUAAUUAAUUGUACAUUUUUACUGUAAAACAAGUUUUACUUCUUAAGCUUUACUUUCGAAUAAUAAAUUCAUCUCCUUAUCACAUUUCUGUUAAAUUGUCAUUUGUUUGUAAUUCAGUGUCUUGAUAUUUUUGCAUUAGUCUACUGCUUUUUUUUCUGUUUCUCUCCUUUAUUGCCUGAAAUUAGUCACUUUCGAGGAAUCUAUCUCACAAAACAAAACAAAAGAACAAAAAAUACAUCGUUGUGGUGAUGAAACUCGAAUUCGCUGAGUUCUUCUCUUUCCUUUCUUUUUUAAAUAUGGCAAACUUACAGAAAUAAUAAUGUUACAUGUAGAAUAGUUUCUUUUUUAUUUACUUUUGCGCAAUUAAUUCUACUUUAAAGGUCGAUAUUCAUUUAAAAAUCUACGUAUUAAUAAUCAAUAUUUAAGAUGUAUGACAGGAUAAAGUAAAUGCUUACUUCUUCGACUUUUAUUAAAGGAUUAUUCAUGUGUACUCUCUCAACUUAACUACUUAUUCCUUAGCUAGAAUACUUUCUUUCUUUUGUCAAUUGAUAGACAAAAUUGAAAGUAAGAUUAAAAUG